AUGGCUGUCUCGUCGCCGCUGCCGCGGUGGGCGCCAACGCCGAGCCCGUCACGGCCGCUCUGGCGCUGGGGCGGCGGCACGCCCGACGCGCAAACCGGCUCCGGCGGGGGCAGCGCGGGCUGGUCGCUGGGCAGGAUAUUCCCGUGGGCGAGCGCCUGGCAGCGCCGUGCUCCCGCGGGCGUCGACGGUCGCGGGCCGGCGGGUUUUGACGGCGUGGAAGCAGCGCCGUCCACGAGGGCGGCGGUCGCGCCUGCGCCGGCCCGGUGGGCAGGCACGGACGAGGACCCCGGGGUGUUCCUGACGUGGGAGGACGUGUGCGUCACGGUGGCCGGCGGCACCUACGGGGCCCAGCCGGUGAGCAUCCUGAGCGGGAUCACCGGGCACGCGGGGCCGGGGGAGGUGCUCGCCAUCAUGGGGCCGUCCGGCUGCGGCAAGACCACGCUUCUCGAUACUCUCGCAGGAAGGUUGGGGCCCGGGAUCACCGAGACCGGGUCGAUCCUGAUCAAUGGCCGCCGGGAGAAGCUCGCCUUCGGAACCUCGGCCUACGUGACCCAAGACAACGUGCUGAUGUCGACGAUGUCGGUGCGGGAGGCCAUCUACUACUCAGCGCAGCUGCAGCUGCCGGGGAGCAUGUCAGCGGAGGAGAAGCGGGCGCACGCGGACGCCGUGAUCCGGGAGAUGGGGCUGGGGGACGCCAUGGACACGCGCAUCGGCGGGCGGAUGACCAAGGGCAUCAGCGGCGGGCAACGGAAGCGGGUCACCAUCUGCGUCGAGAUGCUCACCCGCCCGCGGCUGCUCUUCCUCGACGAGCCCACCAGCGGGCUCGACAGCGCCGCCUCCUACCACGUCAUGAGCCACAUCGCCAGGGUCGCUGCGAGGGAGGGCAUGACCGUCGUCGCCGCCGUGCACCAGCCCUGCGGCGACGUCUUCGACCUCUUCCACCGCCUCUGCCUCCUCGCCUACGGCCGGACCGUCUUCUUCGGACCAGCCUCCGACGCCACCCAGUUCUUCACUGAAAGUGGCUUCCCAUGCCCACACCUGAGGAACCCUUCUGACCACUUCCUGAGGACAAUCAACAAAGAUUUUGACGAGGAAAUUGUUGAGAGCUCCAAAGCUAGGAGAAAACCGGCAGCCGAAGCAAUAGAGAUCCUGACAGAUGCUUACCAGUCCCCCGCUUAUUCAGAGAAAACAAUGGACCGGAUAGCUGAGAUGAAAGGGAUAGGUGGAGCUCCAUUUAGGAAGAGGGAACAAGCCAGCUUCUCAACAAAGCUCUUUGUGCUCACCAGAAGGUCAUUUGUGAAUAUGCACAGGGACAUAGGAUACUACUGGAUGCGUUUGGGUGUUUACCUGGGCAUUGGCAUUUGUCUUGGCACUAUAUUCUACCAAGUUGGCCACAGUUACAGUUCCAUCCAGUCUAGAUGUGAAGUCAUAAUGUAUACGACAGCACUUAUUACUUUCAUGGCUAUUGGAGGAUUCCCUUCUUUUGUAGAGGAUGUAAAGGUAUUCAGAAGGGAGAGGCUAAGCGGCCAUUACGGCGUGGCGGAGUUUGUGAUCUCAAACACGCUGUCGGCCACUCCAUACCUAGCCGUCAUCGCCGUGAUCCCCGGCGCAAUGCUGUAUUACCUCACCGGGCUAAUGAAAGGUCCUGACCGCUUCGCCUACUUCGUCAUCAACCUGUGCAUGUGCACACUGCUGGUGGAGAGCAUGAUGAUGAUCAUCGCUGUCAUUGUCCCAGACUUCCUGAUGGGGAUCAUUGUUGGGGCCGGGGUGCAAGGGGUGAUGAUGCUCAAUGGCGGUUUCUUCCGCCUCCCCAACGAACUCCCGAAGCCAGUGUGGAAGUACCCUUGCUACUACAUCUCCUUCCACAAGUACGCGGUGCAGGGGUUCUACAAGAACGAGUUCAUAGGGCAGACGUUCCCAAGCGACCAGCUGGUCGAGAAGAAUGUCACCAUCAGUGGCCUUUGGGUGCUGCAAGAGAAGCUGCAGGUGGAGAUGGGGUACUCCAAGUGGGUCAACAUUGCCAUCCUUUGUGGGAUGAUGGUAGUGUACAGGGUCCUGUUCUUCGCAAUUGUCAAGAUAGCGGAGGAAGUCAGGCCAAAACUAAGGGGGAUGAGAUGCAAAUUGUGUAAAUAG